ACCCUGUUACACUGUCCAGAGGCAGCCAUGGCCGCAGAGAAUCCCAUGGAAAGUCUGCAGGAACAAGCUACUUGUCCCAUCUGUCUGGAGUAUUUUAAGGACCCAGUGAUAAUAGACUGUGGGCACAAUUUCUGCCGAGCCUGCAUCAGGCACUACUGGGAGGGAUCCGAUACAGCCGCCUCCUGCCUUCAAUGCAGAGAAACUGUGCAACAGAGAAACCUCAGGCCCAACAGGCAGCUGGCAAACAUGGUAGCAAUAGCCAAACGGCUGAGUUUACAGGCAGCAAAGGGAGCAGGAGGAGAGAGGGUGUGUGGGGAACACCAGGAGACUCUGAAACUGUUUUGUGAAAAGGACCAAACCCCCAUCUGUGUGGUUUGCCAUCUAUCCCCGACUCACAGAGCUCACAAGGUGGUUCCCAUAGAAGAAGCUGUCCAGGAGUACAAGGGAAAAAUCCGGGCCCAUUUGAAGACUCUGAGGGAAGAGAGAGAAAAGCUGCUGGGAUUAAAAGAGACUGGAGAGAAGAAAAGCUGGAAGAAUUUGAAACACAUCGAAAAGGAGAGGCAGAAAAUUGUGUCUGAAUUUCAGCAACUGCGGCAGUUCCUGGAGGAACAAGAGCGACUCCUGCUGGCCCAGCUGGAAAAGCUGGAAGAGGUGAUUGUGAAGAUAGAGAAGGAAAAUAUCACCAAACUCUCUGAGGAGAUUUCCUGUCUCAGCAAGUUGAUCAGCGAGCUGGAAGGGAAGUAUAAGAAGCCAGCGAGUGAAUUCCUGCAGGAUGUCAGAAGCACCUUGAGCAGGUGUGAGAAGGGGAAGUUCCAGCAGUCAGUGAAGAUUUCUCCUGAGCUGGAAAAGGGGCUCCAUGUUUUCUCCCAGAAAACUGUUGCUCUAAUGGAGACUCUGAGGGAGUUCAAAGACACUCUGCCAUAUGAACUGGAGACAAAAAGAGGGGAACCCCUAGGAGCACACAGACUGGCAAAUGUGACUCUGGAUCCUGACACGGCUCAUCCCCAACUCAUCCUGUCUGAGGAUCGGAAAAGUGUGAGAUGGGGAGACACACGGCAGCGACUGCCCAACAACCCUGAGAGAUUUGACUAUUGUUUCUGUGUGCUGGGCUGUGAGGGAUUCACCUCAGGGAGACAUUGUUGGGAGGUGGAGGUGAGGGGUGGGGAAUUCUGGGCUGUGGGGGUGGCAAGAGUCUCUGUGAGGAGGAAAGGAUGGAUCAGCCUCAGCCCUGAGGGGGGGAUCUGGGCUGUGCAGCGGUGCGGGGGUCAGUUGCGGGCUCUCACCUCCCCUGAAACCCCCCUGCCCCUGAGCCGGGUCCCCAGUAGGAUCCGGGUUUAUCUGGACUGUAACCGGGGGCAGGUGACAUUUAUCAAUGCUGCUGAUGAGGCCCCGAUCUUCACUUUCCCACCGGGCUCCAUCCCUGGGGAGAGAAUCCGACGCUGGCUCUGGGUGGGGAGGGGAUCCCGGCUCAGGCUGUGCCGCUGAGACACACCAGGGAGGGGGGCAUAUCCCACUGGGGACCCUGAGAUCAGCCUUCCUAGCCUCACACAGCCUUGUCUCUAAGCAGGGCCGGCUCCAGGGUUUUGGCCGCCCCAAGCAGCCAAACAAAAAAACAAAACAAAAAAGCCACGAUCGUGAUCUGCGGCAGCAAUUCAGUGGGAGGUCCUUCGCUCCGAGCAGGAGUGAGGGACCAUCCGCUGAAUUGCCGCCGAACAGCUGGACGUGCCACCCCUCUCUGAAGUGGCCGCCCCAAGAACCUGCUUGGUAAGCUGGUGCCUGGAGCCAGCCCUGUCUCUAUGACCUCUCCCUGUGGACUAUCUAUCAUGCCAUCACUGUGACCUUGGAGGUUGCUUCUGGUCUCAACUCUGUGCAGCCUCUGCACUGUCAAAUCAUAGAGAGCAGGGAGUGAGAGAGGCAGAGAAGCCAAUCUUACUGCCCCAGGGAUUGUGCAGCAUGUUUGCCCUGUCCUCUGUGGUCCAAGAGGACUUUGGGAAUCCUGGGUCAGACAGUGUCACUGAGACACGGGGGGAACAGCCCUCUGGGAAUGAAACAAUGGGCUUCUCUAGCCAAGUCAUCCUAGUCCCUAUGGCCUGGAGGAUUCCAGUCAAUCCAACCUUCUGAUAUCUUAGCUCUAUGACCCUUGGAAGCUCCUCCUCCCUUCCUUCCUGCAGCCUCAGGGAUAGGAGGGGGUGAAGAACCCCUAGAGCUGCAGGAGGAGCAGAGGGGCCCUGAGGAGCAGAUGUGGGGGCUGGGUAUGGUCAGAACUGAUGGAGGGGCUGGGAGCAGAAGUGAUGUGGAGUUGGGGGAGAAUUAACAGUUGGGGUGGGGACUGGCAGAUGUGGGGGUGGGAGGGACACAGAAUUAAUUAGUAUUUAGAGGGUUGCGUAGAAUCUGGAGGAUCUGUACCAGCAGGGAUCCUGAGAGUGGGAGAGCAAGGGACCGGGGAGUGUGACCUACAAGCCAUGAAGGACUGGCUGUUUAGGUGGGAAGGAGUUAGAGGGUGGGGUGAUGUCAGCAGGAUGAAGAUGUGGAGAGUCAAGCACAGGGCGGGUUUAAAGGAGAGAAGAAAUGAAAGAAUAAAAAAGGAAAAAAUAAAGUCCAACCAGUGUAAAGAGAGAAGCCUGGAGAAAGUGGAGGGAAACUCAAAUGAAGAGUGACCGCAAACCCAUCCUUAGGAGGGAAAUGCUCUGGGUGAGCAGCAAGAGAUUAAGGGAUAAACUGGGAACCUGAGGUGGAAUGAUCUGUGAUAAGGAAUAGAGACAGGUUGGGGAGACGCAGAGAAAGAAACAGAUGGAAAACGAGUGCUAGAGAAAAUGAUGUGUAAAACUCGAUGAAAUUUACUCCUGGGGGAAUUGAGCCCAAUGCAGAUUUUGAACAGAAUUUCAUGUUCGGUGCAGCAUUGGGGCUGCAGAGCUGCUGGCCAUCACUGGGGCGCUGGACUCUGCAGAGCCCACUCUCCCUCUUGCAGUGAGCUGAGUGGCCGGGCUGGGAUGGAGGCUUUGCACACUGCACUGCAGGGCUUGAUCAUCCACCAGAGAUGGGAGCGAGCCCAGGAGACAAAAGGUGAGGAAGGACAGGGCUUUACCGCGUCCACCAGCAAGACAAAACUGUGCUGAGUGGAGCCUGGGGCUGAGCUCUUGGGGGAGGGUGGGCAGAUGUCUGUGCUUGGGGGGCCCCGGCGCUGGGCUCUGGAAGGAGGAGGCAGGUGUCUGGGCCAGGGGGCCCCAUGGCUGGGCUCUGGGGACAGGCGGGGGGGAAGGGAGCAUGUGUCUGGGCCAGGAGGCCUCACGCAGCCCCCUCCAGCAGCCCUCAACUGGAACUGCAUUGUUUUAGGGUUUAACUCUCCACUCCCGGAAGA